AAAGAAACGCAGAAGAAGAAACUUCCGCUUCCGGUCCCAGCUCUCCUUCACAAACAGACAAAAUGUUGACCCGAUUGUUGAGGUGCCGUCCCGGUUUGUCCCGGGUCCUCUCUACGCCGGCGGCUCGGUUCGUCUCUCAGUCCAAACCGAGCGGGGCCGCGGGUUCGACCGCCGUGACGGGUCUGCAGCACGAGGACAAGUCGGACCAUGGUGAGGUCAGCCCGUACGUCAAGAAUCCAGAUUACCACGGCUUCUCCACUGAUCCGGUGGAGGAUGAGUGGAACAUGAGAGUGGGCUUCUUUCUCGGCAUCUCGGUGGCUCUUGUUAUUGGAGGAACCUUUAUCUGCUAUUUACCAGACCACAGGAUGGGAAAGUGGGCCAAGAGGGAGGCGGAGCGUUUGAUCGAGAUCAGAGAAAAGAAGGGCCUCCCCCUCAUAGACGAGAACUACUACGACCCAAGCAAGAUUGUUCUGCCCUCAGCGGGAGAAGAGUAGGACGUCCAGCAUCACCUUAUUGUAUUUCCUAAUUAUUGUUUCACCAUUUCACUAUGAGAGAAUAAAUGAAGUGUGGAGUUGUGUAACUAUUAUGUUUGGGACAGUGAAUUCAUGACGCAUGUUGUCCAUUAAUGUGUGUGAAGGACUCACUGAGGUCAGCACCGACAAAUACUCGAGUCCAUUCAUGAAACCGAUGCAUCGAAGUGACGCGGUUCUUAUGUUUGUGACGUUCAAUAAAAACUAAACCUAUUCUUUUCA